AUGGCAUCAAAAACUGUUGUAAAAGCAACAGAAAAAUUAUGGACAAUCGUUGAAAAAAAAGCAACUCAACCAAAUUCAGUCGUAGCAGCUCAGCAGUUUAUUGUCAAUGAUGGUGCUGAUGUUCGAUCACCGAACAAAAACCAUCAAUAUAUGAUACCAUAUGUUCUAGGUCUAGUGCAACGAAAUCGUGACGCUGGAAGAAUCAACGAGGCCGAGAGCUGUACUCGACUAUUAUCUGUCUUGCAACAACGUGCCUCUGAGUUAUUGAGUGAAUCAUUGACAAGUGGUGAUUUAAAUGGUAUGAGAUUAUUGGUACAGUUGGGGACGGAUUGUUAUCAAGCUGAUAAAUAUGGACAAUUGGGAUUACUAGGAGAGCUGUUGAAACAAGAUAAACACCCGGUAAGAUUAGACAUUAUUCAAUUUCUGGUUCAAAAUAGUCAGCAAGCCAUUACAAGUAUCGAUAAUCAACAACAAACAUGUCUGUCAUUGGCAAAAUGUAAUCAACAAUGUUCCAGUGACGUCGUUGAGUAUUUACAGGGACAGUUUGAUUUGAUAUUAAACAAGAUACCGUUCAACACUCAACGUAUCAAUAUCAAUGAAGUAGGAGAAUGGAUUCGACGAGGCGCAAAUACCGAAUAUGUUGAUGACAAGGGAAACACAGUAUUGUGCAAUGCUGUUAUCACGAAUAAUUUGGAAUUGAUUAAAGUACUGGUUGCUAGUGGAUCGAAUACCGAGUAUAAAAAUAACGAGAAUUUCACAGCAUUACAACUGGCUCGUAAUGCCACACCAAGAAAUGCCCAAUUGGUCGCCUUUCUAGAAAAACAAGGCGUCAACAGUGAAUUGAAACAAUUAAUUCAACAGAAAAAAUCACAGUUGACAGCGGAUGAAGUUCAUAAGUUAUUAGAACAAGGUGCAAAGAUUGACGCACUCAUUGCUAAUAAUGAUACAUUUUUACAUCUGUUAAUUGUUAACAACGGCACGCCAGAAUUAGUUAAUGCAUUUGUCAAUGAUUUUGGUGCAGAUAUCGAUGCCAUGAAUGUAAAUGGAUAUCGUCCAAUUGAAAUGUGCAUAUUGUACGACGAUGCUCAAUUUCUAACCUUAUCUGCAUUUUUGAAACUGAAAAAAGUUACAUCUGAUAUGUUUUUUAAUCGUAAACUGAAUAUAAGUUCGUUACAGUUUGCCAAUGAUCAAAAACGAUUAGUUGCUGCACAAAUUAUUCAGGAUGAAUUAAACUUACGUCUAUGGCAGUGUAUCGCACAGGCAACAGCAGAUGAAAAACGUAAUUCAAAAAUAAUAAUGGAAGCAAAGCAACUGAUCAGUUACGGUGCACAAAUAGAUCACAAACAUAUCGAUGAAGACUACGACCAAUGGACAGUAUUACACUUAGCGUGUAAAUCAAGUAAUGCGGAUCUCGUCAGGUAUCUGAUCGAAAAUUUAAAACCAGAUUAUGUGAAAUCAACAUUAGGUGGUGAUGUUCCAGUGACCAUUGCGUCAGAAUUUGGACAGUUGCCCAUCGUUCAGUACCUUCGUGGUCUGCGUGGUACACAGUUGAAUAUUGCAAAUAAAGAUAAACAAACACCGUUACAUUUGGCAACAAAAAAUAAUCAUUUGUUAGUCGUACGUUAUCUGGUUCUAUGGGGUGCUGAUCAUGAAGCUCAAAACUCAUCUCAAAAAACACCACUGGAGAUAGCUGAAACAAACGUCACAAAAUCGAAAGAUGAAGUCAGUAAUAAGAAAAUAAUCCAUUUUUUAAAGCAACUAAUUUGUCCUAAAACGGAUGGUGAGAAGAAACGACCUCGUUCAGCUAGACCAAAUAAUAGCCUAGAUCUAUGUGAUAUACCCACGCAAAUGCUUGUUGAUAAACAGAGUCCGACUGAUCAAAGUGAUGAAGAUCCAUUAGGUGAAACAAAAAAAGGCUUCUUGUCAGGCACGCCUAACAGCAACCUGCGUGAUGCAUGUGAAAAAGGAGAUGUCCAUCUCGCCAAAGAAGCAAUCGCUGAAGGUGCUGAUAUUCGUCAUCGACAAAAAAAUCGCUCAUUCCUUGAUGUUGUCACUUCAUCGUUGAAUGAAUAUAAUGGUAAAGUGAAUUUACCAUCAAUUAGACAAGACGAACGUCAACGAUUUUAUUCAAUGGCUGUCGGUUGCCAUCAAAUUCUUCAAGAUUUACAACAUAUAGCAACAACAAAAUUAAUUGAAGCUAUAAAACAGUCGAAUACAGGUCGUGUAAUUGCUUAUCAUCAAGUUGGCGGACAAUUGACACCUGGUUUAUUAGAUUUGGCAUGUAGAUCAUCGGACAAUUUUAACAUCAUUGAUUAUCUGAUAAAUCAGAGUAAAGAAAAUUAUGCAGCAAUGUUCAAUUAUUCCACAGUAGAUUCCCCCUAUAUGAUUGCAAUGAAAACUAAACAUAUCAACGUCGCAAAAUACUUAAAGUAUCGUCUAUCGAUAGAGUGCACGAAUGCUAUCAAUGCGAACAAUCUGCCGUUUGUAAAACAGUUGAUACGUGCUGGUGCAAGCGUCGAUACUCAAGAUACGAAUAAUUUACUAGUAGCUGUUAAAUAUAACAAUGUGGAAUUGGUGCAGUUGUUAGCUGAAAACGGUGCUAGAUUACCGACAGAAUGGUUGGGCACAAAUGAUAUGCAAUUACCGCCAGCUCAGACGAAAGAUCUCAAUCCAGAUAUUGUGUUUUAUUUAAAUCGCUGUUUACUUGAUCGUCGAUUACGCCUUUAUGCUGCAAAUGGAGAUUUGAAUGGUGUCAUACAAUGUCAACGAAUAGGUGCAGAUAUCAAUUCCAAAAAUUGUCAUGGCGCAACGGCGUUAUUCUACACAAUUCAGUUUGGUAGUUAUUUCUCUGUCGUGCAUGCUCUGGUUUCGUGCGGAGCAUCUAUGUUACACUCAAAUAUUGAUGAUCCAAAAUCAUUAUUACAAUUGUCUGAAAGACCUAACUAUGAACAAAUUCAUAGUUAUCUUGCACAAGAGCUAAAUGUCCAAUUUUUGGCAGGCAUACUAGAUAAUGACAUAGAACGUGCAGAAUCAUUAUCGAAACUAGGCGCUGAUUUUAAUUUCCAGGAUGAACAAAAACGUACACUAUUGCAUUAUGCCGUUCAGUAUCAUGGUAUUGAUUUAGUCAAAUGGUUGGGGGAGCGAGGCAGCACGAUGACAACGCCGGAUAUUAAUGGAAAUUAUGCAAUUACGGACGCAGCAUACAAGGGUGAUUUCGCAGUGGUUGAGUACAUAAUUACAUCAAAUCCUGCCACUAAAAAAUUAAAAAAUAACUCUGGACAAGAUGCUCAUCAGAUAGCAAAACAACAAAAUUUCAAACGUAUUGUUCAAUUAUUAGAAGGAAAACCCAUUGAUGAUACUGUCGAAGAAAAUGAGAAAAUUCUACCUCCAAAAUAUGAUUUAAAAACAUUAAUAAAAGCAGCAAAAGAUGGUCAAGUUAAAAUUAUUCGAGAAUUUGUCGAUCAACGAUAUCCAUCAUUGGAAGAUAAAAAGUCACAAUGUGAACAAAUAAUCAGUGCUGCUAAACAACACAAACAAAGUGAAGUAUUGGCACUAUUAGAACGACAUUAUAAAACAUUAUCAGCUGAUUUUACAUCUGAUGUACCACGUUCUGGCCUUGUUAGUUUAAGCGAUGAAUAUCAAAUAAUGUUGAAAGGAUUUUUAACAGGUCUAAGUGGUAUAAUUGCUAGUAGUAAAGUAGUGUUAGAUCCAUCAGAUCCAAAUACUUACAAAGAAUUAUUUUCAAAUUUAAAUUCACAUGCUCGACAACGUGAGCUACAAAUAUCAAAAAUUCAAACUGAACAAGAUAUAAGUGAACUAAGUAAACAAGAUAUGAAUGAUAUUGAACAAAAAAUUCAACAAAUGAAUGGCGAAAUUGAAAAAAUUAAAAAACAAGAAGAAUUAUUAAAUAAACGUGUACAUGCAACUGACAUAAGCUUAAAGGAAGCUAAUGCUACAGCUAUAGAAAAAAAACAACUGUAUGAUGAUAAGGAGGCAACAAAAGAACAGUUAGCAGCACUAGAAUGUACAAUGUUAUUAGUUAAAAAUGCCAAAACUACAGCAAUUAAAAAGAAAAAUCUUAUUGAAUUUAUGCGUAAUGAAGCUACUAACUUAUAUUUAUUUUAUUCAACAAUUGAACAUCGUUUAACAUCCUUAUUUUUUAGUGUUUUAACGGCUCAAAGUGGUCUAGUAAAAACAGAAAUGGGUACAAAAUUAAGUAUGGCUCAAAUGGCCGUAGACAAUUUUCCAACAUCCGUUUUGUCAGUAGCUGAACCCGUGAUGAAAGCAAUAACAGGAGCAGUGUCAAAAAUACUUGAGAAAAUCGAUCAAAAAGAGCAUAAUAGAGAAUGGCAUAAUAUCUCAACAUUGGGCAACAUUGAUGAAUUAAAAAAAGCAGCAACAAAUUCAGCUGGUUUAUUAACAUUAUAUUAUAAACAACAAAUUGAAUCGAUUGAUACAAAAGCAGACAUUAAAGGAAGUAAUUUUUUGAAUACAAAUAUUCAAAAAGUUAAAGACAAUUUUGUAGAUGUAAGACCAGAACAGACAUAUGAAAAAGCUAAAUCGGCGAAAGGAAACAGUAAUGCAAUAUCUGAAAAAGAAAAUGAAUUGACUAUUGUUAUUGUUGCAGAAUAUAUUAUUGAAUGGAUGAAAGAUUCAUUAGCAUCUAGUAUGAAAAAUGAUAAACAUAUUGAUAAAACAAAACCGUUAGCUGAUCAACUAUGGUUAUGUGUGGCCAAAAAAGAUCCAAUUGAACAAGGAAGAUUGACAGCAGCUACAGAUACCCUCGGCUUAUCAACUGGUAAACAAUUGAUUCCAUUAAAAUCAAAAGAUGCUGAAGGACAACCUACAUAUGUACAAGUACGAUAUUUAUUUGGUUGUGUAUCUGUUAUCAGCGGUGAUGGUGUUGUCUAUAGAUAUCGUGUUCCAAAAGGUUUUACAGAGGAUCUAGAAUUAAAAAGUUUAGAAGUAUUUGGCUAUGUCUAUUUGGAGCCAUUUGUGAGAGGCGAUAAAAGAAUUCUCGACAUAAUAAAAGCAGGACGAAGUCUGGAAAAAGCCGAUGAUCGAAAAGAUACAGAAUCUUUUGCCAAAGUUGUCGACGGAAUUGUAGUAUUUCAUGAUGAAGAUGAUGGUAUUGGUGGUGAUUCAACAAUUACAAGAGAAACAGCACGUCAAGUAGCAAAAAUCAUGAGAGAAGACAAAAUAUUUGUUGAUCCACAAGAAAUGAAGAAACAGUUAGAUAAAGCUCAAGAAAAAAAUGAACUUACAAUUAAUGUCUUACGAGAUGAUAUGAAAGAGAAAUCUGAAAAGUAUGAAAAUUUGAUGAAGGCAGCGUACGAAAAAAUUGGCAAAGAUUUUGUUGAAGUAAAACAAGCACUAAUUAAAGAUAACGAAGAACAAUAUAGUAAAGAAUCAAAAAAAUUAACACAACAAAUAAAAGAAUUACAAAUACAAUUAGAAAAAACUAUUACAGAACGAAUGAAUCAGAUUGAGAAAGAUAUGAAACAGAAGUCAGAUGAAAUGAUGAUAAUUGUCACUUCCGCUAAAACAGAAUCGUCGAGCGCGAUUCAUUUAGCAACGAAUGCGGUUGAAUCAAGUGCAAUAGCUUCGCAAGAAGCGAUAGAAGCUAGUAAAAAUGCAAGAGAAUUAGUUGAUUCAACCGAACAACGUAAACAAGAAAUGAAAGUGGCUACUGAUGCAUGUCGAGAACUUGUUCAACGAACAAUUGCAGAACAAAAAGAAAACUACCAAAAAAGUUUAGCAGAAUUACACACAAAAUAUCAAGAAAAUAUGGAACGUCUCAAGCAAUUGACAGAAACAGCGGCAUCUCAAGCAAAAGAUUCUACAUCAGCUGCCAAAGAAACUUCGAAAUUAACACGAGAACAAUUAGAAGUACAAAAAGACGAAAGUAAAAAAACAAUUGCUUCUGUGAAAGAAGCAGCACAACAGUGGGAAAAAUCAGCAAAAGACGCAGCAAAAUCGAGUGAUUUAGCUGCAAAUCAAGCGAAAGAUGCAGCCAAAGAGGCUAAGCGUGCAGCGGAUAGCAGCAAAGAAGCUGUUGAAAAAGCUGAUAAAAUCGCUAAAAAGAUGUAA